AUGGCGCACUCAAAAGAUGAUCCCAAGUCGGACGAUUCUUAUCUCUCCGAAAACGCAGAUAUAAAUAAACCCGGCAUGGAAGACCGCGCUCCCAAGCGCCGCCGCCUUUCCGAGUCCGACGAAGACGACGACGAGUACGUUGCGCCAGCACCGCUCCCCACCGUCUCCCGAAUCAAAAAGAAAGACGAGACUACAAAGAACCCCGCGUCACCGGAGGAGGAAGACCCUGUUACAAUCCGUGAUGCGCUCGAAAUUGGACUUCGAGCGGAGGAAUCUACGUUUGGUGCUUUGAAUGUGUCACCAUGGCUUGUGGGUUCUUUGACGACGAUGGCUAUUCGACGACCCACGGCUAUUCAAAAGGCUUGUAUUCCUGAGAUUCUGAAGGGGCGGGACUGUAUUGGUGGAAGUCGGACAGGUUCAGGAAAGACCAUGGCAUUUGCCGUCCCUAUCAUACAGAAGUGGGCUCAGGAUCCGUUUGGUAUCUUUGCUUUGGUUUUGACGCCGACGAGAGAGUUGGCUCUUCAAAUCUUCGAGCAAUUCAAGGCUAUUUCCGCGCCGCAGAGCAUGAAGCCUAUCCUCAUUACUGGAGGCACAGAUAUGCGCCGGCAGGCAAUCGAGCUCGCGACACGGCCACAUGUCGUCAUUGCGACCCCGGGUCGCUUGGCUGAUCACAUAAAGACGUCUGGUCAAGACACGAUUGCUGGUCUGGGUCGAGUGAAGAUGGUCGUUCUCGAUGAAGCCGACCGACUUCUCGCAAGCGGACACGGCAGUAUGCUGCCGGACGUGGAAACCUGCCUUUCAGCAGUCCCUCCCUCCUCAGAACGGCAGACUCUCUUGUUCACUGCGACUUUGACGGCCGAGGUGCGCGCAUUAAAAUCGUUGCCACAGACCGGUGACAAGCCACCAAUCUUCGUGACCGAGAUCUCGACUGAAAACCAAGGCAACAUCCCCCCGACUCUGAAGCAGACAUAUCUCAAGGUCCCCAUGACGCAUCGCGAAGCCUUCCUGCACGCCUUGAUCUCAACCGAAGAAAAUAUCUCCAAGCCCGCCAUUAUUUUCUGCAAUCACACCAAGACCGCCGAUCUACUUGAGCGCACUUUGCGCCGUCUCGGUCACCGCGCUACCUCUCUACACAGUCUCCUCCCACAAUCCGAGCGAACCUCGAACCUCGCCCGAUUCCGAGCCGCCGCUGCACGGGUUCUCGUUGCCACGGAUGUUGCAUCGCGUGGUCUCGAUAUUCCCAUCGUCAGCUUGGUUAUCAAUUUCGAUGUGCCGCGGAACCCAGAUGAUUACGUCCAUCGCGUUGGUCGUACUGCGCGUGCAGGCCGGACUGGUGAGGCCGUGACUUUGGUCGGACAGCGAGAUGUCGAGCUCAUCCUUGCUAUUGAGAAGCGUGUUGGUCGGGAAAUGGUCGAGUGGGCUGAGGAGGGUGUUAGUAUCGAGAGUCGUGUGACGAGAACUACAAUGCUAAAGGAUGUUGGUUCGGCGAAGCGCGAGGCUGCUGGAGAGAUUGAAGAAGGCCGUGAUGUGCUGGGUCGCAAGCGGAACAAGUUGAAGAAGGUUCGGUGA